ACACCUUAUACAUACUAUUUAUUACUAUACAACCUCCUCUACAAGCAUCUUAAGCCCAACAUACAGUACUUGUAUAGAAAGACAUUUUUACGAGAAACGCUUUUUUUGUCAUCAAAUCAUGACCGAAAACAUCAAAGCCCACAACGACAACGAAGAACACGAUCAAGCCCCCAACAACACAACUCCAACAGACACCUUGCCGGAUAAAAUCAACAAUGUGGAAUUGGGAAGUGAAGAUCAAAAAGGAUUGCUUUCUCCACUACUGGACCCGAUAGGCCAAGGCCUUCAGAACGUCCUCUCGCCACUGGGUAAUCUGAUAGGAGGAAUCGGGAAUGGGAUGGCGGCGUGUACGACACGGGAUCAAGAAGGGAAGGAAAAUAGGGGAGAUGGUGGUUAUGAGAAGUUUGGCGGGAAGGAACAGAAUGGGGGAAAUCCUUUGGGGUUGUAGUUUAGAUGGAGGAGGGCAAGGGGAGUAUGCACAAAAGGCGGGUCUCAACUCUUCGUAUGGAUUCUCUUUUUUGUUCUUACUUGCCUUCCGCCGUAGACGGUUGAAGAACCCCCCCGCCGCUUCAUUGUGUUGCGCGUGGAUCUGUUUAUUGAUGACUUGGGUGGGUUGGGAA